GUCAACCAAACCACCAUUGCUAAAUAGAGAAGGUUACCAUUUGGUAACAUUCAUCCUCUAAUGUUUCAUUUUAAAAGUGUGCAUUCCCUUUCUUGGAAGCAAUUUUCUUCUUAUUGAUUUCCAAACUCGCACCACAGUAAAAACAGCUGUGCUCGAAAGGUUAAGGAUGACAGUGGCAGCAGGAAUUGGAUACGCUUUGUUAGCUCUGGGCCCUUCCCUCUCCCUCUUCGUCGCCGUAAUCUCCAAAAAACCCUUCUUGAUUCUCACUGUUCUUUCUAGUACAUUGCUAUGGCUUAUGAGUCUGAUAGUAAUGUCAGCACUAUGGAGGGCUUUCCUUCCACUGAAAACAGCAGCAUGGUGGCCGUCUAUGAUCCUCAUACUCACUUCUGUUGGUUUUCAAGAAGGGCUCCGUGUUAUCUUCUGGAAAGUUUACAAGAAGCUGGAGGAUAUAUUGGAUGCAUUUGCUGACAGGGUCUCUAAACCUCGUCUCUUUAUAACGGACAAGAUGCAAAUUGCUCUUGCUGGAGGUUUGGGACAUGGUGUGGCUCAUGCUGUGUUUUUUUGCCUUAGCCUUUUGACACCUUCGUUUGGACCAGCGACAUAUUAUGUGGAGAAAUGCUCAAAGAUACCCUUUUUUCUUGUUUCUGCAAUUAUAGCCCUUGCAUUUGCUACCAUCCAUACUUUCUCCAUGGUUAUUGCGUUCAGUGGAUAUGAAGAAGGAAACAAAGUGGACCAGUGUUUUGCUCCUGUUGUUCACUUAAUUGCUGGCAUGUUGACGCUGACAAAUCUUGCAUUUGGAGGCUGCAUGAUUGGCAUUCCACUUCUCUAUUGUAUAGCAAUCGUGACCUUGGUACAUUGCGGAAGGAUGGCAUGGAGGAGAUUGAUAGAAAACCGAAGCAGGCAAUGAAACUUUAGCAAUGGCCACUAAGCAAGGAUAACCUUUAUCUUAUGCUUGGUGAGUGACAAAGAUUAGUAGUAUAUUGUCUAAUGCACGGAGCAUUUCAGUAGUGUAUUGUGUAACUGGAACUGUAUUCUUGUACACAACCGUGAAGUCGUGAACCACCCCUCAUCUGUCCCCUUAGCACGUUUACCUCCCACCCCCCACCCCCCAAAAAAAAGUCAUUGCAACUUUUGAGAAAGGUUCCUUUGCUGCAUUUCAAGAACCUUGAGUUGAAAAAAGAAAAUGUGAUAUAGAAGGAUGGACAAUGGGAAAGUUGAAGAGCAAACAAGAUUCCUUGAGCUAUUUUGUUAAUUAUGUACAAGAAAAAACAGCAGGUGCUUAAUCGGCUUUUCUUAGUUGUUGGCUCUUCAGUUAUUAAUCAACUCCGUUAUUAUACAGAAAUGGUGGCUACCUUUCCACU